AUGAUUCACCGAAGUUUCAAAAUUCUCAAAAGAUUAAAUAUUGACACGGAACCACUGAGAUCUGCCAUGAUUCUGAUUACCGCGCAAAUGACGAGUAUGGUAUCAGGAUUGCUCGGCAACACUUUGGUUGACGGUUUCUUCUUCAUUACGGUCCUGCACACUACCGGUCAAUUCGAGAUCUUGAGUGAUUUCAUUGGAAGAACGAAAUAUGAUUCAUUGGAUCCCGAACAUGACAAAACAAAAGUCAAGGAGAUGAUAAGGCGUCACCAGAUGUUAUUGAAUGUGACAGCCGACAUACAAGAGUGUUACGGUAUGAUUACCUUCCAGCAGCUGGCUAUCUCUACACUCUAUCUGUGUUUCUUCGAGUACGCAUUUAUUAUGGAACUACAAAAGGGCGGAGAAGGUCGAAUGGUUGCGCUGAAGUACGCACUCACUAGUCUCACAGGAUUGGAGAAUAUUUUCGUCUAUUGUUUUCUUGGCGAUAAUUUGACUGAUCAAGGUUUGGCUCUCCGUAUGGCUGUCUACAAUUCAGAAUGGUAUAACACUACGCCAUCUGUAAAUCUCUCACUAUCAAUAGUAAUGACAAAAGCAUUGCAGCCGAUAGUUCUCAGUGCUGCCAAAAUCUUUCCUCUUACGUUGCAAAACUUCACAGUCAUAAUUAAAUCGUCCGUAUCAUAUCUUUCUGUACUACGGGCACUCAGCGUGUCUGAGGUCUGA